AUGCUACUAACUCCUCUACUGACCCUUCUACUCGUCUCAACCCAGUGCGUUUCGGACAUCCAGAACGGCACGUUCUUGAGAUACAGAUGCGAGUUCUCGUCGAAGUGCUGUACCCGGGACUUUGUGAACAUCCAAAUCGCACCUACUCCGAAACUGACAUCGCAAGCUUCUGUGCCGGACCAUUGUUUCCCAGUCACCGUGCUGGUGCGCCAUAACAGCACUGCUCAGCGAAGCUCACCUAAGAAAGUUUCGCCUGCUGUUCUUCCCAGGAACAAGUCGGAAUGCGCAGAGAAAUUGCCACUGAACGCCACGAACGCCACAGUUGAACCCCACUUUGACGAGGUGUUUCCAAAAAGCAGUUCUCGUGACGAGUUCCGAAAAUUGAGGAGGUUCCAUUUCGGAAGAGAAGUGCCAGUGCUCGGCAUCUGUCUGUGCGUGAUUCUCGACUGCGCUCUGAUUGCUCUCGUAUGUGUCGCACUUCACAUAGACGACGAUGAUGUGAAUGAAGAGGAUGCAGACGAGUUCCUGAGCAUGGAGGACGUUCACGAGGCGACGACUCUUCGUGAAGCCGAGACUCAGACGUCUCUUCACAAGCAGCCCGUCGUCGGUGGAAUCAACAAAAGUGUACAGACGAUGUGGAUACCGGCUGAUGAGAAAUCACCGGAAGAAAUCCAAGCAAUCAAAUUUGACCAGCAUCGUCAAAGUGAAUGCUGA